CGCGCUCUCUCAAGCCGGUUGUCAGUCCACAAACCGGUUUGGCAGUGACGACACAGUGUUGAUACCAAAGUGCUGAGUAAAGUGCCCUAGUGUACGAUUGUGUGGAUUGUUUAGUGGAAAUGGAAGACAAGCCGUACAGUGUUGACUCUUCGGAUGAUAUCAAUAUAGAAGAGGAGGAAGAGCACAUAGAGGAUAAUCACAGUUAUCCACCGGACUUCCCGAUCGAAGCGUUGGUGAAGCUCGAGCGUCCCUCGCCUCCCUUACCAACCCCUCCCCACACGCCCACAGACGACACGCCUCCCGCAGUCGUUAUCUCAAGGCAUCAACCGGGUUGGACCCCACCAACCCCGCAACCAUACCCCUACCCAAGGCCAGCCAUGCAGACCCCUUACCCUUACGACAAAACCCCAGUACCUACCUACGCGCACCCAGCGAUGUCCGCGUACAUGCAAGCCCAAGUCGCGACUUUACCACCCUCAGCCCCCUACCACGCGAUGCUCGUCAACCAAUGGAUCAGAAACGCAGCUCUCUACCACCAUUCCUUGAGAUACCCUGGUGUAAUGUCGCAGAGGAUGCCCGGCAGAAAUCCACCGCCGAUGAGAGCACCAGGCGUUCCUGGCGCGAGGCCUAAGAAACAAUUCAUUUGCAAAUAUUGCAAUCGCCAGUUCACGAAGUCUUACAAUCUCCUUAUCCAUGAGAGAACUCACACGGACGAAAGACCGUACUCCUGUGACAUCUGCGGCAAAGCGUUCAGAAGACAAGACCACCUAAGAGACCAUAGGUAUAUCCAUUCAAAGGAGAAGCCGUUUAAGUGCACCGAAUGCGGUAAAGGCUUUUGUCAAUCCCGGACAUUGGCGGUACAUAAAAUACUGCAUAUGGAAGAAUCUCCCCAUAAGUGCCCUGUCUGCAACAAGAGUUUCAAUCAAAGAUCAAAUCUCAAGACGCAUUUGUUGACGCACAGUGACGUCAGCAAACACCAUUUGGACCAUCUCGAGGGUUGCCAAGAGGUGUCUUCGACGAGUCAGGUCUCGGACAAUUCCCUAUUAGAUCUCUCGCAUAAACCGUCGUCACCUCCAGCACCACAACAUCAGCAAAUCCUCGCGAGCCCUCACCAAUCACCUGUAGAAGUACCUAAAAGAACUCUUGGGUUCUCUAUAGAAGACAUCAUGAAACGUUAGACUCGUGGAUCUAAAUUCUAGAAUAAUUCAACACCACCGUAAUUUUUGUAAAUAGUUAUUUAAUUUUUCAGUUCAACUAAUUAGUAAAUUAAAUUAUUGUAAUUAACUCUUGUAAUUUACUUUAAAGACAAUGGAAACUAUGUAGAAAUUUAUAAUUUACCAAAGAAAUAUCUCAUCUCAUCGACUGAUCAUCAUAUUGUAGUAAGGAUUCUCUUUUGUAAUCGCACUUGGAAUUUCAAAUGUUUGACAUAAAAUUUCUACUUAAUUCCAUAAUAUAUGCAUGUACCUCGUUGGUUUAGUUAAUGAGGCUUGAUUCAACGAUCUUUAUCAUACACUAAAAAGACUGAAAUAUUGUUUUUUUAAUUAUUAUUGUUAUGUUUUGCUAGAGAUUUAUUUAUUGUGAUAACUAUCUAUUUUAGAUUCGAGUUAGUGGAUAACUAAAGUUACCUAAAAGUAUUACCAUUUCGAUCCAAAUUCUAUAAGGGCAUGUUCAAAUUGGGAUAUAUGUACCCUUCUUUAAUUGUGUACCUAAUUAGUACAAUUUGAUCUAGCUAGUUGUUUAAUUCUGUACAUUCCUGUAAAUAUCUUUAAGUCGUAUAAGUCAAUAGCUUGUAAGUAUAUGAGGCUACACAUAGAAAAUUUAAAUAUAAAGAAAAUGAUAAAUAUGAACAUUAUAA